GAGAAACCGGUCCCGGAAACAGUCAAAAGAGUAACACCCGGUGUGUCCCCAGCACGUCAAGGAUAGCUCCGUGCACUUGGGGAAGGCGCCUGCUGUGCAGCGACCUUGCCAGACAUUCUACGCAAAUCACAUUCUGGUGCCAUGGAGUAUACACAGACAACAAUAUCUUUACCUGUGUACACAGGUGUAGAUAAGGAGACAUUUCUGCAGGAUAUUUACCCAGCGAGGAAGCCAGUAGUCUUGAAAGGUCUGGAUUUGGGAGCGUGCACAAAUCGAUGGACUGUGGAUUAUAUGAGCAAAACAGGAGGGAGUCAGGAAGUUAAGAUUCACGUUUCUGAGGUGCCACAGAUGGAUUUUAUCAACAAAAACUUCAUUUACAGAACUCUGCCAUUUGACACGUUUGUAGAAAGGGCAGCAGAAGACAGACACACAGACUACUUCAUUUCAAAGGAUGAGAAAUACUACUUACGUUCACUUGGUGAAGACCCUCGCAAGGACGUUGCUGACAUCAGUAAGCAGUUUCCACAGCUGUCUGCAGAUAUCCAGAUACCAGAAUUCUUUGAAAAGGAGCAGUUCUUCUCUAGUGUCUUCCGUAUCAGCUCCCCAGGCCUGCAGCUCUGGACUCACUAUGAUGUCAUGGACAAUUUACUAAUUCAGGUGACUGGAAGGAAGAGAGUUGUUUUGUACAGUCCAAGAGAUGCACCAUAUUUAUAUUUAUCAGGUGACAAAUCUGAGGUCUUAGAUGUGGAUAAUCCAGAUUUGACCAAGUAUCCCCUCUUUUCACGUGCCAGACGAUAUGAAUGUUUGUUAGAAGCAGGAGAUGUGCUGUUUAUUCCUGCCCUUUGGUUUCACAACACUGUUGCAGAAGCAUUCGGCAUAGGAGUAAAUGUCUUCUGGAAGCACCUGCCUCCUGAAUUCUACGAUAAAACGGAUACUUAUGGAAAUAAAGAUCCAACAGCAGCUUCUAGAGCAGUACAGAUUUUAGACCGGGCCUUAAAAACUCUAGAGGAAUUGCCAGAAGAAUAUAGAGAUUUUUAUGCCAGGAGGAUGGUGUUACGAAUCAAGGCUAAAGCAUACAGCAGUAAUUUUGAAUGAAGAGAACAGGCCUUAAUCCAAUGGCGUUGUGACAGGAAAAACAUUGGAAUAACUAUUUCAUAGUUAAGAGAAUAAGAGAGAAUAAAAGAGAGAUGCAGUUUGUCAUUUUUACAGAGACAAGUGUUUUACUUUCUAUAAAACUUGUAAUAUAUGUUAUAGUUUUUGUAUCACUACAUAUGCCCCAGUACUUACUGUCAUGUUUUUAGUCUUUUUAAAGGGACCCUAGUUUGCUUCCCAGGUGCAUAUUGUAGAAUAAAACAUUAUGUUGCCGUAAGUAGUGAGCCUAUGUCCUUUAUAGCACAUGCAUUUUAAUGUAGUAUAAGAAUGCACAUAAAAGAACAAGAAGAUUACAAACUCCUAAUUGUUUCUUAUUUUAGUAGCACUUGGCAACAAAUUAUUAUUUUUUUAUACUGCAUAUUGGCUAAACCAAAUAUCUGACUUGCAGGUUACAGAAUUUGCUUUUGGUCUCUCUAGGGAGCGUGGGACAAACGCAAUUUUUUUACACAAAAUCACUUCACUGGGCCAGUGAGCAAAGUCAAAUUCUACUUGGUAUGAGUAAUAAGUCCCAGUUACAUAUGUUUUUGGGUUCACUUAGAGAGGACAAGAAUGAACUAGCUGCAAAGCAAAGGAGCAAUUUCCUCACCAACGUGAGCUGACAUGUAUGGUUGAGUUGUAUGGGAGGGUACACUUUGUGUUUUCAAUAACAAUAUUUAGAGAAGUAGUGAGGUAUCUCAGCCAAGUGUUUCAAAAUUCACAGGCAUGUGCUGAACAUGAACAGACUGAGUUGGCAUACAGUCUAAGUGAAAGUGUUGUAUCAUAUCACUAUGUCUCAAACAUAACUGGGUAAAUUAAAGGGAUGUUUAAAAAAAAGCUGUGGCUUCAGCCCCUAAUGCUGAGCAACCCCAGUCUAAGGCAGUCUUUAUCAACAAGAGAGAGACAAGACAGACUCAAUCUUCCAAGUUGCCAAAAAUAUACUUACAAAAACAAUUGUACGCAAUCGGCAUGGCAAAGUGUUCAAUAAUAAGCAUUAUGGGUAUAAGCACUCACUUGCUCUCCCAGGCUUCUUAGCAGCUCUUCAGUCCAGAGCUCUUUGGAUCCGAGAAACUGACAAUCUGAAUAAACUGUUACAGUAUUGAAAAGAUACUAAUAAAUCUUAUGGUUAAAUCAAGAGUACUGUUUUACUUAACUACAUAUAUAAAGCUUUAAAAUCAAGCAAUUGCAAGCCGGCUACACUUUUUCAUGUAUUGGUGCCUGAUAAAAUAAAAAGUCAAAAUGU